AUGAAUGGCAUGCACUGCUUGUGUGGCAUCAUCAAAUGGCACCCCACUGCCCGCAACAUACUCCUUACUGCAGGCGGUGAUAAUCUGAUCAUCAUCUGGAAUGUGGGCACUGGAGAACCCUUGAUGACAAUGGAUGACCAUCUUGAUCUCAUUUAUAACAUCAGUUGGAACUACAAUGGUAGUCUGUUUUGUACCACUUGCAAGGAUCUUCGCCUUCGAGUAUGCAAUCCCCGGAAAAACGAGGUGGUUGUGGAAAGACUGUCCCCACAUGAGGGUAUCCGGCCAAUGAGAGCCAUUUUUACCAGAGAGGGCAACAUUUUCACCACAGGUUUCACCCGGAUGAGUCAGAGAGAGCUUGGCCUGUGGGAUCCGACUAAUUUUGAAGAGCCCAUAGCACUGUUGGAGUUGGACACAAGUAAUGGAGUUUUAUUGGCUUUUUAUGAUCCAGACACUAGCAUUGUGUUUCUCAGCGGCAAGGGUGACAGCAGUAUUCGGUAUUUUGAGAUCACAGAGGAGCGUCCCUAUGUGCAUUACAUCAGCAAAUUCAGUAGCAAGGAACCACAGAGAGGAAUGGGCUUCAUGCCCAAGAGAGGAGUGGACGUCAGCAAGUGUGAGAUUGCCAGGUACCCAGACACAGCAGGCCCAGAGCCAGCUCUGGAACCUGAAGAAUGGAUGGACGGACAAGAUGCAGACCCCACAUUAGUGUCCAUGAGGGAUGGCUAUGUUCCUCCAAAGAGUAGAGAGCUAAAGGUGGCCAAGAAGAAUGUUCUAGACACCAGGCCUUCAACACGUAAAAGCAUGUCUGUCAUAGAUGGAAGUAGUUUGCCCCCUCAGUUGUUGGAGAAGCUUGUUGAGGAGGUCCAAAAUCUGAAGGCCACAGUUCUCUCUCAGGAGAAACGAAUCUGUUUCUGUGAUUUAGAGAAUAAGCUCUCGAAGUACACUAAUGGCAGUCUGAAUAAAGCUAACUCAUCCAAUGCACACCCCAAUUCACUGCUAACCCCUUAAAACUAAAGUACGAGCACAGAUAAGGCAACAACCGUAACUCCGGUUCAACUGGCUGUACCACCAAGUGAUUUCUUGACUUCACAGGCUUUUUUUACAUGUGAAUAAAUCACCUAUACGGUAGUUAGAUUUUGGAGAAUUAGGAGAGUUAAUUUGGCAAAGGCACUUUGUAGAGAAAUUGUUAAUAUUGUGUAGUAGUACACAAUAUACAGUAAGCUAUAUUCGUUAAAUGCUUAAGGAAUCAUAUCAGGAAGAAUUUAUGUCAGCAUGCAAAAGGUAGGCAAAACCACCUUAA